GAGGCGGCGCUCAGAACUCCCGCUCUGUGUUUGACGAUGUAUCACGUGACCCACGCUAACCGCCAUCUUUGCUUAUCGUAUAAACAGUGCGACCGGGCUCAGCACGAAUUCUUGUUGGGAAACGGUGGUUUUUCCAGUGUUUUUGAGUGAUUCAGACGCGAAGAAAUGUCCGAAAUUAAGGCGGAGAGCAAGAACGAUAACAACAUCGAGGAUGUGUCAAAGGACCAUUCGGGCGAAGAAAAACCAAGUCCAACGAAAAAUAAACGAGGAGGUACGAAAAGACUCUCCACACUCGAAAGGAUGGCCCUUGAGGGGGAACGUCUCACAAAGGAUUUGAACCCAGUAGUAGGAGAAGUGGAAGGAAGGAGGCGUACUCGCAGUUCAGCACGUGGUUUACCUUCAUCGACAGCUGUACCAUCUCCACCCAAAAGGGAAAAGAGAGACACAUCGUCGAAAGGCACUGGUCGUGGACGCGGGCGUCCUAAACGACAAGAGAAAAAUAAUGAGAAUAACACCGACGAAGAAGCUAACAAUAAAAGUGAAAAACAUUCUGAGGAGGAAUCUAUGAAGAUGGAUGUUGACGAACAGAAAGAUGAUACAGAAAAAUUGACAGAUAGCGAGGACAAAAGCUCUGUGAAAGCAGAAAAUAAAGAGACGGCUGAAAAGACGCUUGAUUCUAAUUUCAAGGAGGAGAAGAUAGCGGAAGAAUCAGAAAACUUUACAGAAGAUACCAAGAGCUCUACUGUCAGCGAGGACAAAAAACAGGAGGACAUAAAGGAUAGCUCGGAUUCGAGUCAAGAUGCGACAGACACCACAACAGAAGCGCCACCUUCAUCUUCCUCAGAGUCUCAAAACCCUUCUAACGCUACUACUACUGAAGAAAAUAAGGAAUAACCUUCUUUCGCCUGUUUACCAACUUCAUCAGGUACCAGGGCGGCGCACACAUUGGGGUUACAAAUCCAGUCCCCUCGUCUAUUUUAACAAAUUGACACCUUUCUGCCGAUCGUUAUUCUAAUCAGCGCACACGAGUUUAUAUUACUUUUCAUUUUAAUUCGAGGAUAAAAUAUUAUGGUGUGUGGUACAUUACACAUUCAUUACCAGAGUAAAUACAUACUUGAUGAUUAGUAUAUUUAAUGGUACUGAGCGUACCAUCAUAGUAGUUUUAAUUUAGCCUAUACUCGGAUCGAGUGAUACGACUCGUUGCAUUGAUUAGUUAACGAUACAAAGCGAGGUGUAGAGCGUACGUUGUUCAUGUACAAUGAUAAUAUUAUUGUAAAAUAUAUUUAAUAUGGACUUAUAUAGACAAGCUGUUUUCAAAUCAGAGCUGAGGUCGGAGUCUCUAAAUAACAGUCUUCAAUUCAGAUCUGAUAUGGAAGUAGCUGAAAUUAAUUCGUACAUAGCAAAUUACUGUAAUACCUUAUCUUAUAUAAAUAAUGACUGAAUGAAAUGGAAUAUAUGAGAAUUAUGGUGAAACGAUUUCUCUUUUUCAUGGAAUACAGAAAUAAAAUUUCUGAGAAACGCGUCGUGGCGUGAUAUCUAUUGUCUCCUUCCUCGCAUAAUGCUACUAAUAAUAACCGGUUUAUUAUUUUUAAUAUUUUUUUUUUUUUCUUUUUAAUUUUCCUUGUAACUAACACCACAAAGGAAAGUGUGCUUCGUUUCUAUCUUUCGAAUAAAAACUGACUGUAAGAUAGAGUUGUGCAUACGUAUUUUUUUAAAUAGUAGAAUGUUGCAACAUGUCGAUAUAUUCUGUGAUGUGUAAAUCUUUUUUAUUAAGCACUUUUUUUGUUCAUAAUGGUCCAAUAUUAAAUAUGUUGAUAUUAUUGUGUAUUUGAACGGUUGUGAGUGUACAGAUAUAGAUGAUAUAUAAUUCAAUGCACCAUUAAUUGAAACAUUACAGUUUUUAACGAAACACGGAAAUAAAAUCUACUUUAUAAAUGGUAUAUAAAUUUAAUCAUUUGAACGCUCACGACGUUCAAACGAUGUGCAAUGAAGAAAAGCAGUUUGUUUCGUUCGCGCUUGCAUAUUCUUUGGCCCAUAGGAAUAAAAAUGUAGCUCCUGGUUCGACAUUCUGUACAAAGAAACUCGAGUUAAUUUUUCUCCAAUUGUUUAUCAAAUAAGUCUUUAUAAGUAAUUAAAAGCGACGUUGAGAUCAUUCAAUGUUUGUAAUCGUGUAAUAGAAAAAGAAAAAAUAUAGACACGAAGAUUUGGUUUCCAUCGAUUUAAUGAUCGCUUUUGAUUAUUAAUGUUUCACCGAGAAGUCAUAGAACUUGCCAUUCUAUGUCGCCUUUUUCUUUUCUUAUCGGAAACAUGAUGAGACCUAGCGUCGCUUUUACGAGAGAUUAAAAUCAAAUGCGAUACGCGUGUACAUAGUUAAGGUUUAAGCUUCGUGUAUGGCAAUUGAUCUUAUCUUCGAAAAAAAAAGGAAGAAAGAAAACAAGGAAAGAAAAAAAAAAAA